UUUAUAAGAUAAGCCCAUUAUUUUUUUUUUUAAUAUACUACUAUCAAUGUUUCCAAACAACAUGGUUAAUUAUUUUUAUUUUUUAUCUAUGUUGCCAAACAAAAGCUUAAAAUACUUCUACUUUAAUAAGAUAGAUUUGUUAAUGUAGUCAUAUUUGUAAAUGUAAAUGUUAUAUUUGUACUUAAUUUAUAUAUUAGCAUUUUAGCGUAAAAUGUAUAACCGAUAUUAUGUAUUAUAUAAACAAAUCUAACAUUUAUAUAAUAAGAUCCAUGUCUAAGAUAUAUAGCGAACAAAUUUUUUUCAAUAAAAAUUACGAGACAAUUGUGAAUUAGCAUGCUAAUUAUAAAUGAAACAUUAGCUAUAAUAUUUGUAAGAAAAUAAAAUGAUUGUUAAACUUCUAUAAAAUUUGUAACAUAUACAAAUUAAGAUUUAAAUUUUUAAGAAAAUAAUAUAAAAAUAUAAAUUUGAUGUAACUGAUAAGAAAUUAUAAAUGAGUUUAAAUUUGUGUAUAUUUAAACCACGACCUUGCGGAUGUUUGCUUUUAUUUUUAUAAAUAAAUAUUUAUUUUUUCUAAGUGAUAAUAUGUAUUUUAAAAUUUUACAUGUGUUAAAUAAUUAUUUAAUAACAUUUAUAAGCAUAAUAAUUUUAUAGUUUAUAUUUUUUAAGAAUUUUAUUUUAUCUUAUAAACCGUCAAUUGUAUUACCACCAUUUUUAGAAUAUGAUCUGUGCAUCUAUACAAAUGUUUUAUUUUGUUUUUUGUGGAUCAAAAUUUUAUGAAAAUGUCUAAUAAAUUAUUUUAUAUACAUGGUAAGUUUGUAAAUAAUUAUGAUGGUGAAGAAGAAUUUGUUCAAAAAAAAAGAAGAGUAACGUGAAUUGUGGGGGAGAAUGAGACAAAAUGCAACUUAUAUUGUUACAUAAAUUAAAAUUUUGUGUAUAUUAUUGAUAUUCAUUAAUGUUUAUAAUAUUAAUAUGACAUAGAUAAGUUAAAAGAUUUAUAUUGAGGGUGAUUGGUUGGGCUUUAACUUAGAACUUUAGAUUUAUUUAUUUUUAAAACACUAAUUCUAACCAAUCAUGAUAUAGCUUUAUUUUUAAAAUUUAAAGUUAUAGCAAAAUUUUACCAAUCAGAAUAUAACUUUCUUUUUCAAAGGUACAGCAAAAAAAAUGAAAACUUCCUUUUUAUAUUUGUUUUAGUCCAAAAUGCUACAUCCCUAUUAUUUAGACUGUAGAAGUUUUAAAUGAAAACAAAUAACUCGUACUUUUUAAAAUAACCUUAACAUAUACCGUUCUUCAUAUUUAAAUUAUUAUAACUGGAAUUUUCAUAAGUAUAAUUUAUUAUUAUUUAGAUAAUAAUUUUAUUAUUAAUUAUUAUUAAAUGGUUUUUAAUUAUAAAUCAUUAAGUUUUUGGGGUUUUAAAUAACAUAAAAUUUCUUUAUAUCUAUACUAUUAAAGCAGAAUCUCUCCUAAGAUUCUAACAUUAGUUUUUUAUCAUAUUUACAAUGCUAUGCCACUGACAUUUAAUUUUAAUAUAGAUAUUAUAUAUUUAAAUUAAACAACAAAAUAUUCUCUAUAUUUAUGAUAAGUAAUAUUUUCCAUAUUUCUUUUGUGAGUUAUUAUAGUUCUAAUUUAUAUGCAAAACACCUUAAUUAUAAUCUAACUAUGUGAUACAUUUAAUCACCCAAAAAUCAAUAACACUAUAUUUAAAAAAAUUGAUAUUACGAACAUACUUCGUUUAAUGUCUUUGAGUUAAAAAAAAUAAUGUAAAAUGGCUCUUUUAUAAAAUUGAUGAUACAUAAUAUAGUUACAUUUUCAUUUAUUAUAUGGGUUUACUUUGUAUAACACUUAUGUUACAAUGGUAAUUAUUAUGUAUUAUUUUAAACAAUGAUAAAAAUUUAUAUUUUAAUCAACACAUACAAUUUAAAUAAAUUGGAAUGAUAAUUCUUAUUAAUUUAAAUAAGAUAGGGAAGAAAAAUUGCAAAAAACUUAUUUAUUAAAUUAAAUUUAUAUAAAGCCCAUAAUCUUAUUUAAACUCAGAACCUUCUACUACCUAAUUGAUUAAUCACUUAUAUUUUCCCUUUUUGAUUGAAAAUCUAAUAUUCUUUAGAUGUUUGAUUACAAUUUGAAUAUAGUUUCUAAAAAAUUGACAAAAAAGUACAUAGUUUCUAAAAUAUUCUGGAAACUUAACAAAAAAAAACUAAAAAACUUUAAGAAUAUUACUCCAAAUUCUUAUUAAAAAUUACUAUCAAUUCUAAGACAGGUUAUACAAACAUAUUAAAAAUUAACCAGUAUAUUUAUUCACUAAUACAAACAUUUGUUUGCAGGGUUUACAAAUUGCUCUUGAUACUGUUCUCCCAAAUGCUGAGCAUAGGGUAUGUGCAAGGCAUGUGUAUGGAAAUUGGAAGAAAAAAUUUGGGGAUCUUGACUAUAAGCCUUUCUUCUAGAAAGUGGCAUAUAGUUACACUAAAGGAGAGUAUAAAAUGCACAUGGACGAGCUGCUUUUAUAUGACAGAGAGGCGUAUGAAGCAUUGUUGGCUGCAGAACCAGAACAUUGGUGUCGAGCUUUCUUCUCAAAAACUGGAAGGUCGGCUAAUGUUUGCAACAACCUUUCAGAAAGCUUCAACCGGACCAUCAAAAAGGCUAGAGAAUUGCCUUUGAUUAAUAUGUUGGAAACCAUCAGAAGACAAGCCAUGAUGCGUAUUUCUCGUAGGUUUAAGAGGGCAGCCAAGUGUAUAAUGCAAUUCCCGCAAAGAAUAGCAGAUGUGUUGGAGGUGAAUAGAAAAAACAGCAAAGACUGCCAAAUCAUGGUAAGUAGUGAUAACUUGUAUGAGGUUUUAGUGCAUGAUUUAAGUCAUGAGGUCAGCCUGAGAAUGGGAACGUGUGCUUGUGGGCGUUGGGACCUAGUUGGCAUACCUUGCAACCAUGCAAUUUGUGUCAUCAAUGACAUUCGUCGAAAACCAGAAGAGUAUGUUGUUAACUACUAUAAAACUCCAGUGUGGAUAGACACAUAUAGGGACAACAUCAAACCAGUCAAUGGGAGCUCUAUUGGAAUAAAACUGGUAAGGGACCCAUUGGUGUUCCUGGAUUUAGAAAGAUGCCAGGACGUCCUAAGAAAAAGAUAAUUGCACCAGCUCAUGAGUCCCCAUCAAAGCCCAAUAGAACAACUCGUGGUAGGAGGACUAUCACUUGUAGUAAUUGCAAACAGGUUGGACAUAACAAAGGGACUUGUAAGAAUCAAUCUUUUGUGGUCGAAGGUCCAAAACGAAAACGUGGAAGACCUCAGAAGAUACCUGUGAGUGUAACUAUUUCCCUCAACUACUUAGAAUUGUCAUGUUAUCUUACGUUUUUUUUCUCAAACAUUUAAGGUUGAUGGUGAAAGCUACCAGUCUCCUCCACCUAAAAAGACAAAGAAAAACUAAGUCUGAAGCUUCCAUUUCAGUGCCUCAAUCCCAACCUGCAACAUCUACAGCAUCUGGUGCGACCUCUGGUGCGACCUCUACGUUUCCAACAUCAUCUAGUGCACCACCUGCUUCAGCUACGGGACCUCGACGUUGCCGACCACCAGGACGAGGUCAAGGUCGUCCACCAGUCCGAAGACAGCCAUCGGAUCCCUAAGGGAGUUGGUAUUUACACAUGUCCUUUCACAAAUCGAGUAUUUGAUGUGAGAGGAAGCAGAGCACGAGAUCUUGGACAAUCUCAGGGACCACACUAACUCUAGUUUAUUAUCAUGCUAUCUUUUGGAUCCUUCUAGUUUUUAGACUUUGACUAUCUAAAUUAUGAUUUUCUUUUUUUUGUUUGCGUUAAGAUUCUUUUCGGUUCGUAGACUAAAUUUAGCAUUUCUUCCAUCUAUGUGACAAGUAGUUUGGCUUAACAUUUAUUUUGUUUAUAUAAUAUCAAUAGCUAACACCACUUGUUAAAUUUAAAUUAAAUAUUCUCAUAAGAAUAAUAAAGUUAAUUUUGAUUCGAGAAAGUUUUUUUCAGAUUUAUAAGUUUAACCAUAGUUAGAAAGUUAACCACACUACUAACAGUGUGAAUAGUGUUGUUGUUGUAUACCGGAUACACGAUCAACAUAUAGAGUAGUGAAAUAGGUAAACAAAUUAGUUAGUGUAUAUUUGUGGUAACUCUAAAAGUUGGUGUAUUAAAGUGGAAAUAGAUAAAUAGUUAUAUCAUUACGAAUUUUAUCACGCGCACCACGCGCCCCCAAAACAGCGAACGUAAAAGCGAAUCUCUAGCCCUAUCACGCCGUGAAAUUCGACGAGUCCACCGCAGUGAGUUGUCGCCGGUAGGUCUAUCCACUUAGUGGUGACCUGUCUCCUCCCCUACCCCUCUGUAUCUCCUUCCUCUGCCAUGGACCAGGUGAAUGAAGGUUUGUCUACUACGCCGUCUCCAACUGAUGCGUUCUCGGUUCCUCUCUCUUCGUCGUCUCCGCCUGUCCCUCCUCUAUGUACGGCUUCGGAUUGUUGUGACAGUUCGCCAUCAUCUCUGAUGCGUUCCUCGUCUCUGCCCAUACUUCCAUCAACGACUUGGGAAAGUUUUGAAGGUUUGGAGAUCUCUGAAACUAAGCCUCCUCCGGGAACUGACGUGAAAGAAACAAUGGAGAAAGCCUCUCUCGCUAUCACCAGUACUCUUUUGUCUGACACCACCACUCUUCUACCGUUGACCUCAUCUGCUCCAGUAAUGUCAUCUUACGAAACCUCUCUGCCCGUGGCUCCUACGUUGACCUCAGAAGCCGUUAUAGUUCAAUUACGUGACACUACUUCACCGUCUCUGGCUUCAGUUAUCUCCAUCAAUGCAAUAACCUCUAUUACUGUGAGCGAUGCUCCGACGUCUUAGCCAGCUCCGUCCGAGACCCUUGGGUCACUCUCUCACGAUGACAGCGGGGUCCAAGCUUCGGAAAAAUUUGUCCCUUCUUUGGGAUCAUGGGCUAAACCUCUUUAUUUCAAACCUCUGGCAACUCCUCCUGAACCAAGUACUCCUCGAGACUAUGAUCCUGCAAUAGUCGGGAAUCAGUUAGCCGCUCUCUGGCCGACGUUAAAUGACGAGAUCUUAAAUAAGCAACCAAAGGGUAAAUACCCAUCUCGUACACUCCAACCUCCAAUUGAAAAACUUCCACCUCCGGAACUCAAAUCUGAUGGGAGUCUCCGCUUCCCGUGGGCUGCGAGAUUGAGCCCUCAAUCUCGAAAUCUUUACCGAGCAGCCACGCCAACAUAUCGACUUAAUGGUACACCUGAGGUAUCCAUUCCUUCGAAAGUGCUUAGGUUAGGCCCGGAGAAUAAGGACGAGUAUAUUAUUGGCAAGUUUCAUAAGUGUUCUCUACCCCCAGGUGGUUUGAUACAUGCUGUGGUAAAUAGAAUUUGGGGAAGAAGUUGUAAGAUCAGUUGUAAGAAGCUUGGUGAUUCAUCUUUCAUGUUUCAUAUCCCGCACCAACCUACUCGUCAUUGGGUGAUUCAGCGAGGUGUAUGGCAUAUUGAUGAUUGCUUACUUUUCGUACUGCCAUGGACUCCAGAAGGUUCUUUUAAUAUCCCUGAAAUCUCUACGCUUCCGGUUUGGGCCAACUUGAAGAAUGUUCCGGAUUGUUGCUACUCAAGAUUAGGAAUAAGUCAUGUUGCUUCAGGACUUGGAGAACCUAUUCUUACGCAUAAACCCCGGUUUGAUCCUACUAGUAUGGGCGAAGCAAAGGUUUUAGUUGAGAUGGAGCUGGAUAGAGACUUUCCAAAACUUAUUGCCCUGGAUGAUAAACAAGGUAACAUCUUUCUUGUUAAUGUUGAGUAUACAUGGAUUCCAUCUAUGUGUGAGAGGUGUGGUAAUCUAGGGCACAAAGCGAAGAGAUGUCUCCUCCCUUCUACAACUGCUCAGGUCGCUGCCCCUUCUAUAGACACAUGUUCUGAGGUCCCGGUAGUGGAUAUUGAUAUCCUUCAGCAAAAGGAUAAUGUUGACUCAUCUUCAGCAGCUAUCCAUCAAAAAGAAAUACAUCCCAAUGCAAAGCUCUCUCUUCCAACUCCAGAUUGUAGUGAGCCUCAGAAGCAUAUUACAGAGAUUGAAGGUCUCGUAUAUGAACUUGAAAUCACUCCGGCUUUGCAACCUACUUUAGAGCAGGAGAACUCCACUGCUUCGCCAAACUCUGUCACCACUUUGCCCAUAUUAGUAGAUUCACAAUCUACUCCCACUGCAACACCUAUUAUGGAGUCUCCUCCAUCAAUCAUUACCAACACUAAGGUUUGUAAAACUUUAGUUGUUGAUCCCUUAACCACAUCAUCUAACCCUUGCGCAUUUGAGAAUCCUUCUCGGUUCGAAGUGUUAGGUGAUGUGGAUGAAGUUGUGACAGAGCCAUCCAGCUCGCUCAGCUUGACAAGAGGUGGGAGAGAGACAAAACUUCCUAUUAAAUACCAAGAUAUGGAAUGGAAGACUAUUCGAGAGAGAGGAAAACGUGGUCGCCGUGGCCGUGGUUCUUAUCACUAGAUAUUGUCUUUCAUUGCUUUAUUGGUUAUUCUAGUCUUUACCUUUGUCGUUUCAUAGGUUGAGAUUCAAUGAUUCAUGAAGCUUGUUUCAUGCAAACUUUAUCCAACUAUAAGAUUCAUAGUCUUAUUUUGUAAUAGUUUAUGUUUUUUAAUUUGAAAGCCUUUAUUCAAAAAAAAAAUAGAUAAAUAGUUGGUGUAUUUUUAUGAAAUUUUCUCUUAUAAAAUUAAGAGUAAUUAUUACUUUACUAAUUUUGGAAAAGACAAAAAUUAAUCAAAAAUAAGUUUAUUUAAUUAUUUCAAUAGCAUUAAAAUGUAAAUGUUGUGCAAAUUUAAGGGGUAAUCUUAAUUUGUACUUCGCUUUUAAUAGAUCAGAUAAGUAUACAUUUUAGUUUUUCUAGUGGGGAAGCAAAGCAAACGUCGUAAGCAAGAAGUAGUAAUUAUUUUAUCUUAAAAAAGCGAAAACCAAGAUUAUGGUUUUGGGGGAGUCUUCUUCUCGAACCGAGAUUUUCAUGUGCACGUGCGUUUGGUCACUACUUCGUGUUUAACAAAAAC